CAUAAGAGCUGUGGGUAUAGGAUAAUUAUAUUAACUUCCAAACAGAAACCUAAUUCUAAGCACAAUCUUAGCAUUUGUUGUUGUUGUUGUUGUUUUUAAUUUUUAGGAUAAGAUUAGAAUUUGUUUUUUCACUCAUCAUUCCUUUAUCUUACAUGUUAACCACAUACAUGUGAAGUGGCUAUGAUAUGUCAUUUACAUAAUAAAAUAUUUACUGCUUUGCAGCUUCGGCUCUACACUGGGUCUAAAAUACUCUGAUUACAGAGCUUUCUCAAGAUCUUUGAUCUUUUGUUUCAUAAGAAUUGUGUAUGCUCUGCAUACAUAGUAUAAGCCACACCCACAUUUUCCAACUUUCCCUCUCUACCUGUUUUUCCCCUGCUCUGCUUUCUGCUAUGCCUUUCAUUUCAUUACUCAUUCAUUUCUAAAAAUAGAUGUAGGGACCACUCAUUCUUCUGAAAAAUUCUGAAACAAAGAAAGAUACUAUAUCCAUAAAUAGGAAGAUCCAAAAUUGUUAAGAUAUCAAUUUUCCUCAAAUUAAUCUAGAGAUUUAAAACAAUGCCAGUCAUAAUCCAUCAGGCGUUUUUCGUGGAAAUUGAUAAUCUGCUUCUAAAAUGUACAUGGAAAGUCAAAGGAACUAGAAUAGACAAAACGAUCUUCAAAAAGAAGAAAAUAAGUAUUUACACUAUCUUCUUGAUAGUGUAAUCAAGAAUCUAUCUUGAUUCAAGAUCUUGCUUGAAAAUCUUGCUUCAAGAUCUACCAUGCAAAUGCAGUAACCAAGACAGAAUAAUUCUGGUGUGAAUCAGUGAAACAAUAAGGAGCUCGGAAAUAGGCCCCCCUUAUCAGAUUGUUCAGUUGUCUACAAAGGCACUAAAACAAUGCAAUGGGGAAAAGAAAGCCUAAGAAUGAUGCUGGAAGAAUUGAAUAAUUACAUUAGAACACAUAAACAUAAAAGGUAAACAGGUAACAAUGUUUUUAGAAGAAAACAGGUUUUUGGGAGUUGGAAGAGAGAAGUUUUAUUUUAAGGCCACAAUAAUCAACAACCAUAAAAGAAAAAUUAUUUUAUUUUAUUUAAUAAAAUAAAAAAUUAUUUUUAUUUUAUUUUAUUAUAAUGCUGAGUAAAUUACUCUUCAUCAGAAUUUUAAAAAACCUUUGUUCAUCAAAAGACACAACUAAGAAAUUGAAUAGGUAAGCAAAAUCCCAGGAGAAAAAUAUUCAUGAAUUAUGUAUCUGACAAAGGUCCAUAUAUAUUUCUGAAGAGGUAACCUACAUCAUUAGUCAUCAGAGAAAUAAAAAUUAAGAUCACAAUAAGAUGCCACUCCAUACCUACCAAAAUGUUUGAAAUUUAAAAAGACACAACAUAAAAUGUUUGUGAGUAUAUUAACCAACUAGAAUUCUCAAACCCUGGUAGCUGGAGUGUAAAAUGGUACAAAAAUCUUAGUAAAACUUUUGGUAGAUUCUCAUAAAACUAGAUGUAUACCUUAUCCUAUAACUCUGCAAUUCUGCUCCUAGGUAGUCACCAAAUAGAAAUUAAAAUAUAUGCUCGUAUAAAGACCUAAAACAAAUGUUCAUAGCAUCUUUAUUUAUGUUAGAUUAAAAACUGGAAGCAGCCCAAGUGUCCAUGAAAAAAAAAUAGAUAAAUUAUCAUGUACUCAGACAAACCCAACUCAGACAAACCCAACAGGUUUGCCACCAGAACACAGGUAUCAUGAAAACCAUCCCUAAACCUAAACCAAAAUGGGAAAGGAAGACUUUCAUAUGAUCAUCAUUGUCAUUGGACAUGUAGAUUCAGGCAUGUCUACCAUUACUGGUCAUCUGAUCUACAAAUGUGGUGGGAUUGAAAGAACUAUUGAAAAAUUUGAGAAGGAGGCUGCUGAGAUGGGAAAAGGCUCUUUCAAGUAUGCCUGUCUGGACAAACUGAAAGCUGAAUGUGAGUGUGGUAUCACCAUUGAUAUCUCCCUGUCGAAAUUCAAGACCAGCAAGUAUUAUGUGACCAUCGUUGAUGCCCCAAGACACGGAGACUUUAUCAAAAAUGUGAUUAGAGGCACAUCUCAGGCUGACUGUGCUGUCCUGAUUGUUGAUGCUGGUGUUGGUGAAUUUGAAGCAGGUCUCUCCAAGAAUGGACAGCCACCAACUUGUUCACCAACUUGUCCAAGUGACAAGUCCUUGUCCCUCUACGAUGUCUCCAAAAGUGGUGGUAUUAGUACUGUCCCUGUGGCCCUAAUGGAGACUGGUAUUCCUAAACCUGGUGUGGUGGUCACCUUUGCUCCAGUCAAUGUUACAACUGAAGUAAAGUCUGUUGAAAUGCACCCUGAAGCUUUGAGUGAAGCUUUUCCUGGGGACAAUGUGGGCUUCAACAUCAAGAACGUGUCUGUCAAAGAUGUUCAUUGUGGCAAUGUGGCUGGUGACAGCAAAAAUGGCCCACCAAUGAAAACAGUUGGCUUCACAGCUCGGGUAAUUAUCUUGAACCAUCCAGGCCAAAUCAGUGCCGGAUAUGCACCUGUGCUGAAUGGUCACACAGCUCACAUUGUCUGCAGGUUCGCUGAGCAGAAGGAGAAGAUUGUCAUUCUGGAAAAAAAGCUGGAAGAUGGUCCCGAGCUCUUGAAAUCUGGUGAUGUUGCCAUCGUUGAUAUGGUUCCUAUGUGUGUUGAGAGCUACUCUGACUAUCCUCCUCUGGGCCAUUUUGCUCUUUGUAACAUGAGACAGACAGUUGCUGUGGGUAUCAUCAAAGCAGUGGGAAAGAAGGCAGCUGGAAGUGGCAAGGUCACCAAGUCUGCCCAGAAGCUCAGAAGGCUAAAUGAAUAUAUCACCAAUACCUGCCACCCCAGUCUUAAUCAGUGAUGGAAGAAUGGUCUCAGAACUGUUUGUGUCAAUUGGCCAUUUAAGUUUAAUAGUAAAAGACUGGUUAAUGAUAACAAUGCAUUGUAAAACCUUCAGAAGGAAAGGGAAA